AUGGCGCCGUCCGUCCACCAGGUCGCCCAGAUUUUCGAGGAUCCGGAGCCUCAACACAGAGGCCGCAGAGCGAACCACAACCGUACUCCUUCAGUUGGAGACGCCCUAAGAGGGCGCCGAAAAGACAACUGUAGCCCUACAAAGCCGCAAAGACCGUCCAGUCGAGAAGUGGUCAAUUCUGCUAGUCCACUUGGAGAGCGACACAUAAACAGCCCACCACAACCGAAACGAAUUGCUACCAAAUCAGGCGAUGAGCCUGCUCGUCCUACUGUUUCCCGCACACACAAAAAGUCCGGGAGCUCUGUGUCCUUGAAAGGAAUUAUCUUGGGUAAAGAGAAGAGUACGGGCACUGGGAGCGUGUCUCCCGUCGAAGGGCACACGGCCGACAGCAAGCUGAAGAAGGUGAAAUCAGCGAGUAACCUCACCGGACUGCUGAAACGGAGAUCCAAGAAGGAUCUUAGGGAAGAGAACAACAGCAACAGCAACAACCAAGAAAACUGCCCGCCGUCAAAGACAACACCCGUCGAAAGUCCCACUCCCAUCUGGGCACAAUUUGCUACUCAACCCUUAGAGGGUGCGGAUGGCACCAUGAUAUUUCCAGUGUCGAAGAGAAGGACCGUUGAAGAAGAGAUAAACGUGUACACCCCCAAGGACUAUUCCGAAUUUCGCCCUUCGGAACAGAGGAAUUUUUACGGAUACGGGCCUGCGACGCCGUCAGUGUUGGACUAUCAGCCACCGCAACGACCAUUCCUGGAGCACAAAUCUAGCAGAAGCUCCAUCUUUACGGAGAACAUUGAUGAUGAUAUUCCUGCAGAAGACGUUAAGUCGCCAAAGAGCAGGGAGCAGUCUAUCAGUCGCCCAGCCUCUUCCAAACAAGAAGGCAAGCCCGAUGCUCAAGUCCAGCCAUCAAACUUGUCACAAUCAGAUCCCAAAGUCAAAUUAGGCUCGAGAGUUUUCGAAGCAAUCCAAACUUUCAACAUGAGAGCCCGCAAGGACGCCCGCUCGAUCCCCGACACUCCGAAUAAUGCAACCAUUCCACUUAGUCCUCAAGAGCUAGACUCAGCUUUCGAGAAGGUAUUGGACUCUCUGAACAUUCCACUCAACAUGCGGGACAACAUGCGAAAUCUCAAACCAGACGUAAAGGCAGGUUUGAUGAAGGGUGAUCGUAUUGGCAGUGGCUCGUCCACGGUAUCAGCCUUCACUGAUAGCUCCGAGGUCAGCUCAUCGGCUCGGAAUAGGAAGGAGAAUGAGAGACCAAAGAGCGAGGGCGAUGAGAGCAAAGAAGGCAGACGAUCCAGAUCGCGAUCACGUCCUCGAAGUCGGAUCUUGACCCUGACCAGACGAGAGGAAGAUUCCCCCACAAAGCAAGACAGACCAAGUUCGUCAUUGAGAUCGCGCAGCAAAUCUAGGAACAAAUCCGCCGACUUGACCAAUUCCAGACCAACUUCGGCGAAAGCUAUGGCCUCGACCGUGUCGCUGGCAUCCCUCAACCAGGCAGACAGCGCCACCACUCCUGGAGACUUCAUCCAUUACCUUCGAGAGGUACAGAAGCCGGCACUAGUCGAAGUGAGCAAGCUGCACAAACUGAGGAUUCUGUUGAGGAAUGAGUCGAUCUCUUGGACAGAUCAUUUCGUGGGUAAGGGCGGCAUGGACGAACUUGUUCAACUCUACCAUCGUAUUUCAAAGAUCGAGUGGCGCGAAGAACAUGAAGACAACCUCCUUCACGAGACGCUGCUGUGCUUGAAGGGAUUGUGCACGACCUCCCUUGCCUUACAACGUCUGCAGCAAGUGGAAAAUGAGUUCUUCCCAGCACUCUUGCACAUGUUAUUCGAUCCGGAACGGAAGGGUCCAUCGGAGUUUAACACCAGAGGCGUCAUAAUAUCGCUCCUUUUCGCUCACUUGUCAGCCGAGGUGGGCUCUGACCAGGAGCUUGCUCAUGAACGAGCACGGAAAAUCCUUGGGUUUCUCAGGGAUCCUGUACCGGAAGAUGGCAAGCAGCCGCUGGACUUUGUGUCUCAAAUGCAUGUUCCUCGACCUUACCGGGUUUGGUGCAAAGAAGUUGUUAAUGUCACGAAAGAGGUGUUUUGGAUAUUUCUGCACCAUCUCAACGUCAUCCCCAUUGUCGAGGUCGAUGAAUCAGUGGGUUAUUGUGGAGCACAUUUCCCCCCUCCUCGACCACCCCACCCGGCAGCUCCGUACGUGGGAGGUGUUGAAUGGGAAGCGACGCAGUACCUCGCGACCCAUCUGGAUCUAUUGAACGGGUUGAUAGCCUGCCUUCCUACUGCGACAGACCGCAAUGCAUUGCGAGAAGAGCUAAAGCAGUCCGGCUUCGAGAAAGUGAUGGGGGGUAGUCUUCGAACAUGCAAAGAGAAAUUCUAUUCAGGAGUCCACGAAGGCUUGAAGUGUUGGGUUGCAGCGGCCAAGGCAGACGGGUGGCCCGUGGAAGACGUCAGAGCCGGGCCACCGCGAGAGUCAGUAAGCCCAAGGAAGAGUCCUGUCAAGAAGAGAAGCGACGAACCUCCGCAAUUGGCAUUGGAUGUAGAGGUUGGCCAUGGACAGGCGUCAAAAGUGGAUGAUGGGUGGAUCUGA